CAACUUCACAACGCCAUUAAAACAGAAAGUCAAAAAAGUCGGUUAAAUAUAUUUAACUGUUACACCGCAAGUCCGCAACUAGUCCAAUAAAUGCACACCAACAAUAUCGGUAAUCACACUCAUUAAUUAGACCACGGUUAGUUAAUAGUGUCAAUCAUAUCAGAUAUCAAUAUGGGAAUGCGUCGGGACAGCGAGAGUCAUAUCGUGCACAAACGCCGCAGUAUUACACCAAGGUGUAUCUUAGGUUUAGAUCCUGCGAGAUCAGCAUUGAAGGCACGCGACGGAGAAGGUAGUGUGAUACCGGGAUUUGCUAUAGAUUGUGAUGGUUUCAAAUCUUCUCAAAAUCUAUAUAAGCUCUACAAUCAUCGUACAACGUCAGUGGUGGACAGGAAUAACGCAGCGUUGAAUACCUUAGGUAUUCAGUCUCGAGGUCAUGCAUACGAAGAGGAAACCAAGACCGGUAGUAUCUUAGAGGAUAUUAAACAGAACAGUGAGCAGGCUUUAGUGGAUUUGCGAGCUCAAGAAAUCCGCUUAGCUGUUUUAGAAGCCAAUAAGCCUAUUGAGUGUCGGCGAGGAUGGCGUAAAGCAGUUAAAUCCCGCUUGCCGAACGACAUUAAAAAGCUGGAUACUAAUCUGUACUUACAAUGGUGGAGAAGUGCUUUCUACACUAGUGGAAAAGACGUACAUAAGGUCAUUCUUGAGGAUAUCGCCACACAGAAAGCUGCACAAAGUGAGAGACAAAGAGGUACAUGCCAGGCAUGUAGCAACGAGCAGAAAUGGGCUGGAUUAGCCACCAAAUCGCAAGAAUCGUCCUUGGUGGAUAUCUGGGGACAGGGGUACACGAACAUGAGUAUCAUCAUGGAUAGCGACCACGACGUCGUCAUUGAAACUAUGAGAAAUGUUCAUGACCGGCCACUUACACACAAAACGCAGGCCACAAGCAGCAAUGCGUGGUGUAAAGUGUAUACGACUCCACGUGUACUGAGACAGAGAUCCUCGGAUGUGGUCCAGGGUGCCAAAUCACUCAAGUCUCGGGUAGUUUCUGGUAAGAACCGAAUCAAGCAGUGGUCAAUUGCCCGUAGACCCAGUUUUGGAAGUCGUGGCUCACUCUGAAUUUAAGGCAUUAUAGCAACCUACGGCAUGAAUGCCACUUAGUAGGCGAAUACGAAAGAAAGAAAAAAGUAACAGUAUAGCAACCUGUAGGUAGUAAGAACUACAUGAUAAAAAUUGUAAAAUAGGGGUAGAAACCCUUUGGCGCAGAGCAUUUCCUGCAAAUGGAUACCAGGCGGCUCUGCUGCCUCCAAAGUAACAUCACUCCAAAUAGGCAGUGACAGUGAAGACCCGGGAAGUUCAAUAUCGAGAUUUCGAAUUAUUGCGCAAGGGAUUAAGUGCACGCGUCAGAGCCAUGUUUAGCACCAAAUCACCUCAUUAAAUGAAAUGAAUAUUAUGAGCAUAUACUCGAAAAACAACCUUUUCUAAAAAUGAAGCGAAGUGCCCUAUUAAAUUAUCACGUUGUC